AUGCCACAGAAUCUCAUUCUAGAUGUUGAGAUUUUCGAUGUAUGGGGGAUAUACUUCAUGGGUCCUUUUAAUUCUGCCUCACAUGCGAACAACUACAUUCUCGUGGCUGUAGACUAUGUGUCUAAGUGGAUAGAAGCUAUUGCCUGCCCUGCUUGUGAUGCUAAGGUUGUUAUCAAGCUUUUAAAGACCAUCAUCUUCCCAAGAUAUGGAAUAACUACAGUUGUGAUCUCAGAUGGCGGCUCCCACUGCAUCAACAAGGUGUUUGAGAAGUUGAUGAAGAAUUAUGGAGUUAAACACAAGGUGGCUACGCCCUAUCACCCCCAGACCACUGGACAAGUUGAGGUUUCCAACAGACAGAUAAAGGCCAUCCUUGAGAAAACAGUGAGCUUCACAAGGAAGGAUUGGGCGACCAGGCUCGAUGAUGCACUUUGGGCUAACAGAACAGCCUACAAAAAUAGUAAGGUCAGCUUUCAACCUACUGUAUGGAAAAGCUUGCCACUUACCCGUAGAGAUUGA